AUGAACUACAUUGGUCCAGUCGAAUUCAGCUACCCGAAUGAUACGAGUCGCGCCGAGCUUGAAGGCGACGGCUUUCAUGUCUCCGGUGAUCAUGCUUAUUGCCGUUGUCCUGCCGCCGUAGACUGCGUGCUGCUACACCCUUCAUGCUACGGAGUCUUUCUUCGGAGUUCGGCAAUUGAUAAAUUCGAGGCCACGAAACGCCUCUGGGUAAUCGCCACAUGGAAGCACCCGUGGAAGUUGAGCCCGCCGCUCUACCUACCACGCAAGAACCUGGACCGAGAUGCACUUCAAGUUGUGGCGGCCAGAUGUGGCAUUUCCCAGCUUGCCGCAUUACCCUCGGAAAUAGUUCAGAUCAUCCGCGCAAAUUCUGAGCCCUACGAUUGUGACCAGUGCUCGUUUUGGAACGUCGUGGCGGCAGUGAGCUUGGCGAAUCAGGUCUCCGUGAAAGAAGACAGUGAGCCUCUCCAGACUGUUCGCCUGAGCAGAAUCCUCUCAUGGGAGCGUGGCGGGAAGCUUCAGCGCAUUGGAAUUGAAUCACGAUCGCAAUAUAAGGCCGUGAGGGUGACCAUUGAUGGGGAUGGCAUAAGUAGAGUUGAGGCACUUCCUGAGGUGCCCUUGUAUUCAGGGGAGUGCUACGACACACUUUCCUUCGCCGUGCUGAGCAUCGAGGCUGCAGAGUCGGUCGUGGCUCACGCAAUGCAUGGUCGUCUCCGCCUCCAGUUCGCCGAUCCUUCCAAUCAUCCAACAGUAUGGAACACUCCCGCACCUCCUGACCUCCUCCAGUGCAAACCAUUUGCGCCCUGGUCCCUCCCUUCCCCAGUCGCUUUCGCCAUCGAACUGAACAAGAUCGCGGGGAUGUCAUUCUUUUUCGACCACGACCGCGUCGUUGAUGUCCAUCCCCACUACAACUCACACUCUGGAGCUGCGCCAGCUUUCCACCGCGCUUGUAACCUGUUUAGUCAUGCCAAUCCUGUCUGGACGUAUCUGCCUAUCGCAAAACGCGACAAAGUUCUGUUUAUGGGAUUUAGGAACUUUGAGUUUAUUAAUGACAGGGCUUUCCAGAUUCUUGUCAGGACACAGUUGGUGGGCGACAUUGUCCUUGGUGUAUUCGAAAAUCCCUCCUUGAACCUUACCACUUCGCACAUUGGAACCAUAAUGCCCGAGACACUUGUCUGCUGUAGAUCUAGGGACUGGCCCAGAUGGAACUUUGGAACAUAUCACAAUGCACCUGAGAGAAAUGAGGCCUCUAAUCUAUUUCCGGACGCCGAAGACUUGACCGGUGAACUCGCCAGACCAUUUCUAAGACACUGCCCUGAAGAUGUCAUUCUCCGCAACUGGGCGCACUUUUACUCGGAGGCCCCCCUGAAGAACGUCUCGUCUGCAGUCGUGUUUUAUCAUAGGCACAGCGGAUUCUGUCGAGGAAUCAUCCUCCAUUAUGAUAACGGAGGUUCCCGCGGGCUUGGGGAGUGUCGCGUGGACUUAGACCCCGUGAAGACGUUUACUCGGCCACUGAGGCUUUGGAUAUUAGAAGACACAGUAAUUACUCGGGGCAUCCACGCUUACCGGCGUGUAGAGGUCGAGUUUACGCGUGAUGCAGAGGACUCCCAGAAGGGCAAAAUUUGGCGUUCCUACCCAAUGGAAGGAGUCUUGAGGUUCUGGUAUUCUACGGGGGAGUCGGCUUGCCGUGUUCAUGUAGAAAGAUCUUAA